AUGUCAAGUAGUAAUGAUAUUGAAAGAGGUAAAUAUACACAAGUUACUCCAAAAAGAGCUUCUGUAGUUAAGCAUUCUAUUUGUGAGAUGCCUGCUUUUACACCUAAAGCAUCAGUAACUGGAAGAUUAUCAACUCAAAUAAUUCCGCAAAAACAAAGUCGUAUUAUUCCACCUGGUGGUCAGUUAUUUCUUUGUAUUAUUGGUUCUGGAUUAUCAUUAAGUAUUUGUGUUUGGUUGGCGUUUUUCAGUAACGAUGUUAAAUGGAGAAGAUUUUUAAUUGCUAGUGGAGCGGCUGUUUGUGCUUUUAUGUUUGCUGGCUUAGCUAUUUCAUCAAUGAGAAAACGUAACAAUGACUACAAGGAAACAAUUUCUCCAGCUUUAUUAAUAGCACAAAGACGUGCUACUCUAACUGCCCAAAGAAAUUCCCAUGCUGUUCCUGUAAAAGAAUCAACACCAAAUGAAAUAUAA